UCUUGGAUUACUUGACAAGUGCCCACAUGCUUGAGUGAGUGAGUGGGAGUGUAAGAAGGGUCUUUCACAGCUUCACCAGCAGAUACCUUCCCUCAUAAUGGAGCUUCUUCUCUCUUUAACCAUGUUGGUUGUGGCUUGCAAGAGGAGUGAGAGUCCAUUUGGGAAACAUUAAAAGAACCUCUCGAGCACUCUCCUCGCUUGGCUUUCUUUUUCUCUGCCACGUUCAUCUCCAACAGGGAAAGGAAAAGGCCCUUGAAAUGCUUUCCUUCGAGCGUUCUUCCUCCACUGGGUCCACAUCUUUCUGAUCGGUUGUUGCAACGAGGGAAUUCCUUUCAUCAUUCUGAGAUCCGGGUUCACACACAGAAGGGAGGAUUUCCAGUCAACUGUGCUCUUGGGUUUCAAGAUUUUCCAAGGACCUCAAGGGAAAAAUGGCUCCAAGGUUGGAUUUUUCAGAUUGGUGGGCGAAGGAAAACAGGAAGGGAACGCCUGUGGUGGUGAAAAUGGAGAACCCAAAUUACUCUGUGGUUGAAAUUGAUGGCCCAGAUGCUGCAUUCAGGCCAGUUGAGAAGAGCAGAGGCAAAAAUGCAAAGCAGGUGACUUGGGUCUUGCUUCUGAAGGCCAACCGUGCAGUGGGUUGUGUGGCUUGGUUAGCCACUGUGCUCUGGGCAUUGCUUGGCACCAUCAAGAAGAGGCUGAUCCUCAGGCAAGGAGUGGCCAUGGAGAGUGAAAAAAUGGGCAAAGGAAGGUUGUUGUUCAGAGUCAUAAGAGCAUUCUUGGUCACUUCUCUGGUAAUUUUGGGUUUUGAGGUGGUCACUUAUUUCAAAGGUUGGCACUAUUUCGAGCACCCAAACUUGCACAUACCACAGACCACUGAUGUCCAUGGCUUGCUCCACAUGAUUCAUGUCGCUUGGUUGACUUUUAGAGCUGAUUACAUUGCCCCACCAAUUCAAGCACUCUCCAAUUUUUGUGUGGCUCUGUUCUUGAUCCAGUCCGUGGAUCGGAUGAUACUCUGCCUCGGUUGUUUGUGGAUAAAGUACAAGAAAGUCAAGCCGAGGAUCGUGGGGGAUCCAUUCAAAUCGGACGAUGCCGAGGGAAUUGGAUGCGAGUACCCCAUGGUUCUUGUUCAGAUCCCAAUGUGCAAUGAGAGAGAGGUAUAUGAGCAAUCCAUCUCUGCUGUCUGCCGAAUUGAUUGGCCAAAGGACCGUCUACUUAUCCAAGUUCUCGAUGAUUCCGAUAACGAGAGUAUACAGUGCUUAAUUAAGGCAGAAGUCGCCAAAUGGAGCCAGCGGGGCGUCAACAUAAUUUAUCGACAUCGUUUGGUUAGAACUGGUUACAAAGCUGGAAAUCUCAAAUCUGCAAUGAGCUGUGACUAUGUGAACGGUUACGAGUUUGUCACGAUCUUUGAUGCAGAUUUCCAGCCAAAUCCAGAUUUCCUAAAACAGACUGUUCCACAUUUUAAGGAUAAUCCUGAACUGGGAUUGGUUCAGGCUAGGUGGGCUUUUGUGAACAAAGACGAGAACCUGUUGACUAGGCUUCAAAACAUUAACCUGUGUUUCCACUUCGAGGUAGAACAGCAGGUUAAUGGAUUGUUCCUGAAUUUCUUCGGUUUCAAUGGAACUGCUGGUGUCUGGAGGAUCAAAGCUCUUGAAGAAUCUGGAGGCUGGCUUGAAAGGACAACCGUAGAGGACAUGGACAUUGCAGUCCGUGCACACCUUAAUGGUUGGAAAUUUAUUUUCCUAAAUGAUGUUAAGGUACUCUGCGAGCUUCCUGAGUCGUAUGAAGCUUAUAAGAAGCAGCAACAUAGAUGGCAUUCCGGUCCAAUGCAACUUUUUCGUUUGUGUCUACCUGCAAUUGUAACUUCCAAGAUCUCUGCUUGGAAGAAGGCGAAUCUCAUACUCUUAUUCUUUCUACUUAGGAAACUCAUUCUUCCCUUCUAUUCCUUCACCUUGUUCUGCAUAAUCCUUCCGCUAACCAUGUUCGUCCCUGAGGCCGAGCUCCCCAUGUGGGUCAUAUGUUACGUGCCCGUUUUCAUGUCGUUCCUAAACAUCUUCCCCGCUCCAAAGUCCAUCCCCUUCAUCGUCCCUUACCUCCUGUUCGAGAACACCAUGUCUGUUACCAAAUUUAAUGCAAUGAUAUCUGGACUAUUCCAGCUCGGCAGCUCUUAUGAAUGGGUCGUCACGAAAAAGGCUGGCAGGUCAUCAGAACCAGACUUGCUCGCUGCCGCCGAGAGAGAGACAAAGAGCACGAACCAACAACAAAUAACUAGAGGAGCUUCGGAGAGCGAGCUUCAAGAACUGACCAAGUUAAAGGAACAGCAAAAGGAAGUGACUUUUAUGCCGGUUAAGAAGACCAACAAAAUUUACAGGAAAGAGCUCGCUUUGGCGUUCCUCUUACUCACGGCUUCCGUGAGGAGUCUCUUGGCGGCCCAAGGAGUCCACUUCUACUUCCUGCUCUUCCAGGGCAUUACUUUCCUCCUUGUGGGCCUCGAUCUGAUUGGCGAGCAGAUGAGCUAAAGUAACUCAAGUCCUGCUAUUACGAAGAAUCGGAAGUCAUCAGCCUAGAGAACUAAAGAAGCCGAUACUAGCAUCUGCAGCCCAAACUGCGAAAUUCUUCACCUCCAUACUCAGUUGCAAAAAUGGCAAUUGUUCAGACUAAAUAAGCUGAACCCUUCAGUCUCCAGUGUGAAGCCUCCAUAGGUUUUUAUUUAUUUUUUUCCCUAAAUUGACUACCGUGUACAAUAAAUUGUUUCAAGUUAUUCUGAUUCUUGUUGUUCGUUAUAGGUUGGAGGGAAAGAAACUAAUGUUAUAUUUCACUCUUUUUCUUUUUCUUUUCUCUUUUUGCCUUUUUUGUUUUUCUAGACCUAUUGGAAGAGAAUUUCUUCCAGGGUUGUGAUUUGGCAUCUCAUCUUGGAAGCCAUAUUGUACAAGGAGAAAAAUAACACAAAGUUGGGUGGUGUUCGGAA